AUGGGGGGUGGGUUGAAAUCCGGUUGGAUUAAGGACCUUAAGCGGGAGCACGGAGUUAAUUUUCUGGCAAUUCAAGAGACUAAACAGAGUGUUGUUUCUCGGUUCGAUAUCAGCAAAUUUUGGGGGAAGGGCUCGUAUGGGUCGGAGUCUGUUGACUCUACGAGGCUUUCAGGGGGAUUGUUGUGUAUUUGGGAUGAUAACUUGUUCAACCUGUCCGAGUCCUCUAAGGAGAGGAAUUACAUUUUUCUCAGAGGAUCCUUGGUUGGUUGUAAUUCUAUGUUAAAUAUUCUGAAUGUCUACACCCCACAAGGGAUUCAGGCGAAGACGGAGCUUUGGGAAGCGCUGAGUGUGUUGGUUAACAGUAAGGAUGGGAUGUGGGUCGUUGGUGGUGAUUUUAAUGCUGUUCGGAGUAGGGAAGAGAGGAGGAAUUGUUCCUUCAAACCUGCUUGUGCCAAUAAUUUUAAUACAUUUAUCUUUGAUUCGGUUCUUUUGGAAUAUAAUAUGAGGGGAUGUGCUUUUACUUGGCGUUCAUACAACGGAAAAAAGAAGAGUAAGAUUGACAGGUUCCUUGUUAACUAUGAGUUCUUUAACGCUUGGCCGGAAGCUAGUCUUUUGGUUCUGCCAAGGUUGUGGUCGGAUCAUAGUCCUCUGAUUUUGGCCUCCAAAACGGUGAACUUCAAGGUGCGGUCGUUUCGUUUUUUCAAUUCCUGGCUGUCCAAAGAUGGUUUUAAGGAGGUAGUGGUUGAUGCUUGUAUUAACUUCUCCGAUACGGGGUGUCACGUCCACUUGGUUAAAAAAAUCGGGAUGGUUCGGAGUUGGAUCAAAGAGUGGAGAGACAGGAUGAUCAAAAAAGAAGGAGAGGCAGCUUGUGUAGCUAAAGAGGAAGUGGAAGCGUUGGAAGAGAUUCUGGAGUUGAGGGAUUUAUCAGAGGAAGAGGAAUGGGUUCUUAUGGAGAAUAAAAAAGUCCUUGCUGAAUUUGAGCUUCCUAAAACCAUGGACUUGAAACAAAGGUCUCGUAUCAGAUGGGCAAAGGAGGAUGACGAAAAUUCCAAGUUUUUCCACGCUCAAGUUAAUUGGAGGAAGGCCUGUAAUGUUUAUUCACGGGUUAAAUGUUGA